AAUUUGAUUGAUUCAAGAAGUAAAGCUAGAACAGAAGUUAUUGCUAAGCUGAAAGGUUUGGUAGAUAUAAUAAGUAUUGUUGAGAUAAGAAAUCUUAAGAGUAUUGCUAAAAUGAAAGAUCUUGUUAGAAUAGAAAGUGCUGCUAAGACAGAAAGCCUUGAUAAUGCAAAAGUUGCUAAGAUGAAG